AUGGCUGUCGAAGGUAAAGUCAAGCAUCGAAGAUCCAAAAGAGCCUGCACUGGUUGUAGGCAGAUUAAAUUGAAAUGUGAUGCAAUAGAGAGGUUUCCAAAAAAGUGCACGAGAUGUCAAAGACUAGGUCAUAUUUGUGAAAUAGAUUCCGGUUUCAAGAGAGAACCGGCGAGAGCCGCCAGAGUAUUUAAACCGCACGAUCACAAGGAUUUCUUGAAUGUCAUGAUUGGUUCAUCGGACGACUCGCCAGCUCGGAAUUUCCAAGAAGUCAACACAGGAAAUGUUUCACUUAUGACCCUGAAAGCACAUCUGAACCAUCCGCCCAUUUCAUCGAAUAAUCGAGAAUUGUUUCCAGCGUUAUUGACCUUACGUCAAAAUGUAAUAGAUCCUGAUAUUCCCUAUGAUAAAGUAAGGUUGAUGUUUGAAACAUUCUUUCUUAACAAUUGGCUUCAUUUACCUAUAUCAAAGAGCUUAUUAGAUCCUAUAUUUCUCUGGGAAAAGAACUACAAGUUACUAUUUUAUGCAAUAUGCCAUGCAGCAUGCCCAGCUUGUUGUCCAGAGUUUGAGCCGUUUCUAGAAAUGAAGUUGCGAGAGCUUCUUUCCACAAGCGACUCAACAUUUAUGAUUGAUCCUUUUCAUUCUUUGAGUACUAUUUUUGGUCUUCUUGUCAUUUGCUAUUGGCCAUUGAGAACUGCAAGUCUACAAAGUGACGAUUCUUUAAUGUAUAUCAGUCGUGCAACAAAUCUAGCAAUGAAGAUUGGCUUACACCAACUUUCAUAUUCCCGAGAGUAUUGCAUUUCAGCUGAUGAUUCACUACGACAGCAAAUGGAAGCAGCCAGCAUUGCGUGGGCUGGUUGCUUUAUUUCAAGUACUUUGUUUAACUCAUUUGUCGGAAUCCCCAAUUCUCUUCCUUUGCUUGUGAAUUCCUUGAACAAGAUCGAUGGUAAUGAAUACUUGGCAGAAUUUAAGGUUCAAUUGAAAGUAUGUCACGUAAUUCAGGUUGCAUUGAACACCCUUGGGUGUAACUCUGACACCGACUACGGAAUGGUUGAUCCAAUUAUCAGAGGUACUCAGCACAAAGCAAUCAUAGAUAACCUAUCUCUCGUUCAAUCUGAAUUUUCACAUUGCAGCGAAGUCAGCGAAUUAAUAUGUCUACACGCAAAGCUCCUUAUUCAUUCGUUUCUUCUAGCUCCAGAUACGUUGGAAAAAGAUCGCAAAUCUGCUGUCACUUCACUAUACUUGGUGUGUGUCAAAAGUAUUGAAACUUUAGUGGAGCUACAUGACUCUGACCAAGAAGGUACAAUCGCAUUGCCGAUCUUUGUAGUUGUGACUACAACUAUGUCUGCCAUUAUAUUGUUUGGGUUAAGCAUUUGUUCGUAUGAAUCAUUGAUAGAUAAAGACAUGGCAAGAAACUCUUUAUCGAACUUCUUUAGAAUAAUGCAAAAUUUGGCUAGGCGACCGGAUGAUUCAGCAACAAGGGCCAUGAGAUUAUUAAACGGUUUGCAAACAUUACACACUAAGAAGCUAAUCAAUGAACCGAUUUUUACAGUAAGAACCAGAAUGGGAGCAAGCGGGUUUUGGAGUUUAUUGCUUACAUUCAAAAGAGCACAGUUAGCAGAGCGGAGAGAAACAGCUAACAUCCAAGAGGCAUCAUCACAAGACAUGAGAACAAAAAGUCUAGAUGAUGAUGUACUGGUCACCAGCAUAGACCAAGUCAUGCAAGUUUCCAGUUCGGAUGGAAGUUCGACAGCGAAUAUGAUCGACACCUUCUUCGGUAACAUGUUCGAUCUACUAUGGGAUGAUA